AUGCCGCACCCUUUCAAGUGGGAGAGGCUGAGCCAGGAUGAGGACCCGGAGCGCACUGUGACGCCGCGCGCUGGUCAUACGCUGACGCCCAGUGGGCCUGGCUUCAUCAUGUUCGGAGGCAUGGACAGCCGGAGGAACGAUCAGGGCCAGUCUGCCCCGAACAGCGACCUCUUCGUGCUGAAGCUGGGCAACAACCGCACGUACAAGUGGGAGUCGAUCGAAUUAGAUGCCGCAUCACAGGUGCCCCCCGCGCGCACGCUGCACUCGGCGGUGAGUACCAGCCCUACCAACAGCGACGAGGUGUUUGUGUUCGGUGGCAUUCAUUCCGCGAUGCCGUACCAGUGCUUGCAGGACGGCUGGAUACUGGACACCGCAUCCAUGGAAUGGAAGAAGGUGCACUUCAAGUCGCAGCCCACGGGCAACAAGGGAGUCGCGUCUCGGAGGAUGACGGGCAUGAUCCAGGAUCGCAACAAAGAGGAGUGGGGCGUCCGCCGGAAGCAGUCAUCGGGCAAGUUGCGGGGAUCCAAAGCGCGAGCGACAAUGACCAGCAGCUCGAGGGGCAACAAUGUUGGCCGCGGUGGCAGCGUUGCCGCCAGCAGCAUCAGCUUCGCAUCGCUGGCUGGAGCCGCCACCCGCGCUGUUCACGAGAAGCGCGUGUCGUCUCGUGGCGGAUCUAUGGUCGGGCUGUCCGCUGUCAUGGGGGGGCCCGGUGGAGCAUCUGGCGGCUCCUCCAAGAAAUGGCGCGGGAUCCUGCAGAAGAAGAUGGGCAGCAUGCUCCAGGCACCGCGCAGUGGUGCCAUGAGCAUGAGGAUGCGGAAGCAGGGGGGGCCGUCGAUGGGCGGUGCAAACCUCAUGGCGACCAACGAGGAACAAUUCCACGAAGAGCUCGUUGCAAUGGUCUCGCAAGCGGUUGGCGAUGACUCGGGCCCUACGAGUGACGUGAACAUGCCAGCACCUCGCUCCAACCACACCACGUGCUUGCACGAAAACGCCAUCGUUCUGUUCGGUGGUCACGGAGGCUUGGGCUACCAGCGGAAGGCGUUUAACGACGCUUGGCUGCUGAAUUUGGACAACGGGCGUUGGAACGAGCUGAUGUGCCAAGGGACACCUCCGCCGCCUCGCUCUGGGCACACAGCGUUCUGCAAGGACGGGUGCGUGUUCAUAUUCGGCGGCUGGAACCAUGAGUCCCAGUUCAACGACCUGUUCAUGCUUGACGUGGAGAACAAGGACUGGAACGAUCUCGACCUGUUGUGGGGAGUGCCCAGGUGGAAUUGCUCCCUGCAGCUGGUUGAGGCUAUCCCUUCGUGGCGCGUCUUCGUUUUCGGUGGCACCGCUGACAUUGGCGGCGAGGGGAGGAGCGGUGGAUCCUUUGACAACAGGAUUGGCGUGCUGAACCUCGGCGAGAACUACGAAUGGGAAGAGCAUCCGCUCUCGAUGGGUCCCGAGGAUUUGCGGCCCACCCCGCGCGAGCACUCGGCCAUCUGCUACGACCCCGAGGAAUCGCGUCUGCUCGUCUUCGGUGGCUGGUCCAACAAGUGGCUCGACGACGUGUGGCAGAUCAACGUAUCGUCAAUCGUCGGCCCGCCUUACGCCAUACUUAAGGUGGACCCACCGCUUGGCCCCGUAACAGGCCAGAUGAAGGUCAAGGUGUAUGGAGUUGGUUUCCUCGCCAGCCACGGCAUGGUCAGUGUCGAGUUCGCUGCAGGCAAGUUCAGCGCGAGCACGCAGGGAAGCGUCAUCUCUGACGAAGUCAUCGAGUGUCUCACACCUUGCGUUGCAAGCAGCUUGGGCCCGAAGGAGUGCAUCGUCCGCGUGCAGAUCGGGGCGCGCGACUUGACAACCACUACGACGACCUAUGCCUUUUUUCUCAAUUCGAUCGCAGAGAAAUCGCUGUGCUUUGGCCCCGGCGUCCUCCCAGAGCAGCAGGCGAACCAGGAGACCCGCCUGAUCAUACAGUUGCGCAAUCAGAACGGCGUGAAUCGGACGACUGGGCGCGACGAGUUCGUCAUCACGUUGCAGCAGAAAGUCCCGACAGAGGACGGCAAGGAAACCCGACGGGAGCUGCCGUUCGAGCUACUGGACAAGAACAACGGUCAGUACGAAAUGAAGUACAUUGCAGAAGAAGGCGAUGUAGAAAUUCACAUCAAACUGCUGGACGAGAACGGCAAGCCGCAGCCUAUCCGCGGUUCGCCCUUCAAGGCGUCUUUCACAUCUUCCGCCAGGAAUCGCGCCAACGAGUACUCUGGGCCUUUGGUUACGCAGUGGCUCUCAAGCACCCUAAAGAGUCUGGACGAGUUCUACCAGAAUACAAACACAGGCUACCAGCAGAAGAUCAAGGACGGCGACGUCAUGGCCCUGAUCAAGGUGAUGAACCACAUCAAGGACAUGUACGACCAAGAGGAGACGCUGAUCCUGCGUCAGGACGAGAUUUUCGAGACCCUCGCACAGCUUGAGAGGGAGGGGCUGCCAGGCGAAAAGCAGCUGAAACAGCUGAAGAAGGUCGGUGCGAACUUGACGCAGCUGAAGGAGGAUAUUAUCGCCAAGCAGAAGGAAAUACAGCCGACGGAGCAGAAGGAGAGCGACUUGUACAGGAAGAGGAUCGCCGAAUUCGAGACCGAGCUGAAAACAUACCAGUCGGGCUUGCGCAAGGAGGCUUACUAUCCAAGCGGCCUGGAGCUCGCCACCAAACGCUUGAACGAUGUUACCGCUGAUUUGGACAAGCUCCAGUCUCGGACGGACGACCUGUCGUAUAUCGCCACCAACUUCAACUAUGCGGACGCUCUGAGCGGCUCCAAGAAGAUCAUGCAGGCGAUGCGCGAGGACGUCGCGAGCGUGCGUUCGUUGUGGGAGUUCGAGCGAACGAGGAUCACUACCACAGAAGAAUUUCUGGUCGUCAGGUGGGGCGUCGUGGUUGCAGGCGAGAUGGAAGACGAGAUUAAGGCGCUCUUCAAGAAGCUGAAGGAGGUAAAGGUCGACAGGAAGUGCGACGCCUACCUAGGGAUCCAGGAUGUUGUCAAGAAAUGGGUGACGUUCUUGCCACUUGCCGGGGAGUUGCGGGACCCCGCAAUGCGGCCGAGGCACUGGACACAGCUCAUGGAGCUUUGCGGGAAGUCAAUCACGGUGACGCCCGACAUCCUGCUGCGCGACAUGUGGAAUUUGGAGCUUCACAAGUUCUCAGACGCCGUCGAGGACACGGCGGACCAGGCGAAGCAGGAGUCGAAGAUGGAGGCCACACUGAAGAAGAUUUCCGGCGAGUGGGCAGGUGUAGAGUUUGAGUUCGAACCGCACAAGGGGAACGACGAGAUCAAAUUAAUGAAGAUCACCGACGACAAGUUCGAGACCCUGGAGGAGCAUCAGGUUCAAGUUCAGAACAUGUUUGCGUCCCGUUUUCUGUCCACUUUCGAGACGGAGGUCGUUUUCUGGCAGAAGACGCUGGCCAACGUGGCCGAGGUCUCCCAGGCGUUGUCGGAGGUCCAGCGCUCGUGGGCCUUCCUCGAAAACUUGUUUAUCUACAGCGAGGAGGUGAAGAAGGAGCUGCCGGAAGACAGUGACAAGUUCGUCGGCAUCGACAUGGAUGUCAAGGAGAUCCUGAAGCAGGGCAGCGAGAUGACGAUCUGCAAGGACUUCUGCAACCAGGGCAACAUCUUCCAGCGCCUGGAGAAGACACAGACUCAGCUUUCCAUGUGCGAGAAAGCGCUUAACGAGUUCAUGGACGGCAAGCGCAGAGCCUUCCCCCGCUUCUACUUCAUGUCCUCCGCAGACCUGCUUGAUGUCCUGAGCAACGGCAACUCGCCAGCGAAGGUGGUGCCCCAGUUCCCCAAGUUCUUCAUCGCCAUCGACAGCUACACGCUGGAGUUCCCCGACGGCGAGAAGGCCCGCCCCUCCGCCACGGGCAUGGUCGCCUGCGUCGGCAAGGAGUAUGUGCCCUUCCCCGAGCCUCUCAAGCUGGAGGGCAAGGUAGAAGUUUACCUAGACCGGUGCAUCGACGCAUUCCGCCACGCCCUCAAGUAUUUUGCCAGGGAUCUGCUCGCGAGGUACUUCAGCGAGGGCUGCAACGACGACGGGGAAAAGCGCGGUCUCUUCAUCGCCGACAGUCAGGCGGCUCAGUGCGCGCUGCUGGUGCAGCUCAUCACUUGGGUGCAGCUCGUGGAGACGGGCUUUCAGGCCGUUGCCGAUGGUGACGCCAACGGUGUCAAGGAUGCGUGGGACAAGCAGGCAGCACUGCUACUCAAGCUGGUCGAACUCACGAUGACGAAUCUAGACAAGCCGACUCGCCAGAAGAUAAUGUGCGCGAUCACCCUGGACGCGCACAACCGAGACGUCCAAGCGAAGCUUUACAGGGAGAAAGUCGUGAGCAAGGACUCCUUCCAGUGGCAGAGCAUGCUGAAAUGCUAUUGGAGAGAGGAGCUCGACGAUGCAAACAUGGAGAUCUGCGACGCCAAGCUGCCCUACGGGUACGAGUACCUGGGCAACGGCCCUCGCCUGGUGGUGACCCCGUUGACCGAUCGUAUCUACGUCACUGCCACGCAGGCCCUCCAUCUCUGCAUGGGCUGCGCUCCUGCAGGCCCAGCCGGAACUGGUAAGACGGAAAGCACGAAGGAUUUGGCCAACGGUGUGGCCAAGGCUUGCUACGUAAUCAACGCUGCACCUGAGAUGGACUAUGUCUCGAUCGGAAACAUUUUUAAGGGCCUCAGCGCCAGCGGAUCCUGGGGCUGCUUCGACGAGUUCAACCGCCUCGUGCCUGAGGUCCUCUCCGUGUGCACAGUCCAGUUUAAGUCCGUGUGCGAUGCGAUCAGAGCGAAGGCGAAGCGUUUCGUGCUGCAGGGGGACGAGAUCAACCUGGACCCAGCCGUGGGCUGCUUCAUCACCAUGAACCCAGGCUACCUCGGCCGCUCUGAGCUGCCAGAAGGCCUCAAGCUCAUCAUCGAGAACAUGUUCAUGGGCGAGGGCUUCACCGAGGCGCCGGCGCUCGGCCUCAAGCGGUGCUGA